AUGGCGUCGCCCGUGAGCCGCACCAGUACCAGCAGCAGCACCAGCAGUGCUAGCUCUAGCACCGGCGGCAGCAUUGUGAGCACCAAGACCGCCAGCACAAGUGCGAGCACCAAUAGCAGUACUGUGACAGUGGCCCUGAAGCGCCGCUCGCUGAUCCCACCGAGAUGGAAAGAAACUGUGCGUGUCGUCGGGAUGUCAGAUUGUAGGGAGGCCGCGCUCACUCUAGCGUACGCCUUUGCUGCUGAUGAUUAUGCCCAGUACCUCGUCGACUCCGGCGACAUGCACGGUGUCUCGGCCGAGCAAAAGUGGAAGCUGCAUGUCGACAUCCUCACAUACACAGUAACUGCGCACGUCAUGAGCGGGCUGGCCACGACUGUCGGCCCGGAGUUUGAUAGCGUCGCUCUCUGGGUGCCUCCAGGCAAGAACCUGGAUGGGUUCUGGACUCAGCUUCGGAGCGGUAUGUGGAGACUUCACUUCCAACUCUCGCCUGAGGGGAAGAAGCGCUUGUUCGAGGAAAUCCUGCCCUUGUUGCAUAACACCAAGGCCGAAGUGCUCGGUGACAGGAAUGAUGACGCGUGGUACCUCGUUUACCUGGGGACCAAGCCCAGCUCGCAGGGUCGCGGCUAUGCUUCGAAACUGUUGAGGGACGUCAUAGCAAGGGCCGACGCUGAAAAGCGUCCGAUCUACCUCGAGUCGAGCUCGCUCGCCAACAACGCCUAUUACAAAAAGUUCGGCUUUGAGGUGAAGCGAGAAAUCUUCCUUGAGCGUGGACCGGCGCCGGUCCGUCUUUCGAUCAUGGUUCGUGAGCCCCGCGCACCUGGGAGUACCGCUUAUUCUACCAGCUCAAAUCCAGCCACGAAGAAGCCUGUCAGGGGCUGA